AUGUGGGUGGAAUACGCCCACAACACCCUGGUUUCAUCCUCCACCGGUCUUACCCCUUUCGAGGCGUCCCUGGGAUACACACCUCCUUUGUUCCCUCAGGAGGAGAAGAACAUCCUGGUCCCUUCCAUCCGAGAACACGUCGCCAGGUGCAAGAAGGUCUGGACUGAGGCAAGAGAAGCUCUAGAGAGAGCUGCCGGGACCAGUAAAAGAACCGCCGAUAAAAGGAGAGUGGACGCUCCGGACUACAGGGUCAACCAAAGGGUAUGGUUAUCCACCAAGGACGUCCACCUAAAAGACCUACCCAGAAAGAUGGCCCCCAGGUUCAUUGGACCCUACCCCAUUGACAAGAUCAUCAGUCCUACUGCGGUAAAACUAAAAUUACCCCCAUCCAUGCGUAUUCAUCCUACUUUUCACGUCUCACAGAUUAAACCCGUCAACACCAGUAAACUGUGCCCUCCUCCGGAACCACCUCCACCUCCCAUUCUGGUCGAUAAGCAACCUGCUUACUUGGUCAGCCGUAUCCUGGACGCCAGAAGAAGAGGAAGGGGCUUCCAAUUUCUGGUGGAUUGGGAAGGCUAUGGACCAGAAGACAGAUCUUGGAUCCCUGGAUCAUUUAUCCUCAACCCCACACUCAUCUCGGAUUUUUUCCGAGACCACCCUGAAAAACGGACACUUAGAUCGUCAAGAGACGAUCGUUAAGGGGGGGGGGGGUUCUGUAGAG